CAUAGUCUCCACUUCGGAUAAGCUAAUACCCACAACCAAACACCUGCCAAGAAAGCAGCGUCUCUUUCGUUCCACAAACCAAACAAUCUUCUUCUUCUCCCAAAAGGAGUCCCUUCCUUCUGUGUAGUUCAUUUCCAAUUCCUCCCUAUCAAUGGGGACGACAGGCAGCGACGUUGAAGCCGGUUUUGCAAAGCUGCAAGGCGAGGAUUUCGAGUACUACAUGCAAACAUACUCCAUAAUAUUGGGCCGCAAUUCCAAGAAAUCCACCGUCGACGUCGACCUCUCCAGUCUAGGUGGUGGCAUGAAUAUCUCCCGCCACCACGCUCGCAUCUUUUACGACUUCACGCGCCGUCGUUUCGCCCUAGAGGUUCUUGGCAAGAACGGCUGCUUGGUCGAAGGCGUCCUCCAUCUCCCCGGCAAUCCUCCCGUCAAGCUUGAUUCCCAAGAUCUAUUGCAAAUUGGGGAUAAGGAGUUCUAUUUUCUGCUUCCAGUGAGGAGUAUUUUGGGCAGCCAUUUUGUACCCAGGCAUCAUAUGGCGGUGGUGUCUCAAUAUGGCUAUCAUUCCGCCGGGGCGGAGAGGAUGGCGGGGCCAGCGGCGGUGGCGGCUGUUAAGAAAGGGAGAAAAGAAUUUUACGAGGAUGAGUACGAUGAUGAUGAGGUGAUUGGUGGUGGUAGUAGUGGUGGAAAGAAGGCCAGAAGAGAGGGGUUUGAUGGGUACGGAUACGGUGCAGGUGGGAAAGUGGGAUUGGCUGGAGCGUUAGUUCAUGCAGAUAAGAAAAUAGAUGGAAGAUCAAGGGUUGAUCGUGAUUCCGAUAAUGAACAGCUUAUGCAGUUGGAGGAAAAAGAUGUAGUGUCAUCUGUUGCUACUGUGCUGUCUGAUCUUUGUGGUCCUGGAGAAUGGAUGCCCAUGGAGAAACUCCAUGCUGAGUUGGUGGAGCAAUUUAGCAAUGUCUGGCAUCAUACUCGGGUACGGAGAUACCUCACAUCUGAGGACUGGCCUGGUCCUGAAUCCAAAGGGAAGCCCUGGUACGGCUUGCUUAUGUUGUUGAGAAAAUACCCAGAGCACUUUGUCAUCAACACGAGGUCCAAGGGCCGUGUCACUCUGGAGUUUGUCUCUCUCGUCUCUUUGCUUUCGUAGGAUCCUUCAGACAUAACUAGGUUCAUCCCCUAACAUGUGUCUAGCACCAUGCACUUUCUCCACAAAGUGAAUUAAGUGGCUGAUUGUUGAUCUUCAGUCUUUGAAUAAGUCUGGACUAGCUGCUUGAAUGCAUGUAAAAUCAAAGCAGUUUCUGUUAUUGUUUGUCUGUGAUGAAUAUUUUGUACGUGAUGUUUUAGCAUGCAAUCAUCCAAUAGACUGGCAGCUUCUUCGGCCAA